AUAACCAUCCUCUCAACCCUACAAAAACCUUACAAAACUUGCCUUCUUACUUUUGUUUUUCAUCUUACCAAAAUGGCUGUGCCUGUUUCUCUCUUCUUCUUCACAACUCUCUUUUCCUGUUUCGUCAUCUCCGACCAACAACCUCUUCUUGAUUCCCUUGAGCAAGACGCUGUUUAUCAAGUCCUUCACUCUGUCAACCCUACUAUUCCUUGGCGUUCACUCUUUUCCGACGACCUUUGCUCGUCUCCCCCACACGGCGUCGUAUGUGGGUACUUCAUUGAAGCCACCAACCACACCGUUUCUCACCUUCAAACCGAGACGUUUCACAUUAUUGAGCUGAGUUUCGGGUAUGUUUCCGAUUACACGCCAAACCCGCCUUGUACUUCAAACUCUACUCUCAGUCCUCUUAUUUUCACCUCCUUCAAGUACCUGCGCAAGCUCUUCUUCUAUCAAUGCUUCACCGAAACGCCUGUUUCGGUUCCUUAUAAUGUUCCUGAGAGUUUCGGAUCAAGUCUUGAGGAGCUGGUGUUUAUUGAGAACCCAUCUUUGGUUGGUUCUCUGAGUGGCAUUAUCGCUAACUAUACCAACCUCAGGAGGUUAGUUUUCUCAGGGAAUGGUGUUUAUGGUAACGUUCCAGAUAAAGUUGGUGAGUUGGUUGGUCUUGAAGAGAUUACUCUUUCGAGAAACAAACUAAGCGGUGGGUUUUCGUUUAGUUUGGCUAAGCUGAAGAAACUGAGAGUUCUUGAUUUAAGCCAAAACUAUUUUGACGGAAAUGCCCCUGAUGAGAUGAGUAAUCUCACUCAGUUGUUUAAGCUUGAUUUUAGUAACAAUAACUUUUCUGGUAAAAUCCCAGAGAGUUUUGGUUCCUUGCAGAGUUUGGAGUUUCUUGAUUUGAGUUUCAACCGUUUUGGUAACUUUGGGGUGCCUCUGUUCUUAGCUGAGAUGCCCAGAUUGAGUGAAGUGUAUUUGAGUGGUAACUUGUUAGGAGGGCAGAUCCCAGAAAUAUGGGAAAAUCUCAGGGGUAUUUUGGGGAUAGGAUUUUCUGGGAUGAAUCUUGUUGGGGAAAUUCCAGCUUCAAUGGGUUUGCACUUGAAGAACUUGUGUUACUUGGGGCUGGAUAACAAUAAGCUUCAAGGGAGUGUGCCUGAGGAGUUCGGUGUUUUGGAGUUUGCUGAAAUCAAUUUGGAGAACAAUAAUUUAAGUGGUAAAGUUCCUUUUUCUGCCAAGUUUAGCUUAAAAGUCGGGCUCAAAUUGAAGUUAAAUGGCAACCCAGAUUUGUGUGUUGUUGAAGGUUUCAGCAUUAACAAGAAUGUUAGUGGCAGCUUGGGACAAUUGAAGUUGUGUAAGGAGCCAGAGAUUCCCAAUGCAGUCCAAUUCAAUGGUGGUUCUUCUUCAGCGCUGAUGGCAUAUUCUCGUGUGCUGUUGUUUCUUGUUUUUUGCUUGGUAAUGCUAAUGGUCAUGGCUUAGGAUUAAAGUGUCCAGAACAGUGAUUUAAGUCUAACAAGAAGGACAUGUUAUACUGACUUUUAUGAACACUUUCUUUUUUGGGGUGUCCGAUGGGCGAAAAUGUGUAAUUAUCAGGUUUUUGUUAGUGACAGGUGCAUAUAAUGUACAUGAAGUUUGCUUAAUCUGGUUUCACUUUUGUGCACACUUGCUUUUUCCGGUGUAAAUGCUAAAGCCUGUAGCUCAUUUAGUUUGUUGCCAUCUCUAUUUAUGCCUCGUUCUUCUGAAU